AAGACUGUUUACCCAACUGAAAUCUUCUCCAACUACCAGUGAAGUAGACGCGAAGAAACGAAGCAGUAUCAUAUUACUAUACCUUUGAACAAAUCAAACUCCCUUCUCCCCUUCCUUCCAUGUCGCCAACCACCUGACCUCUCAACCUGAAGUCGUCAAUACAAAAUAAAACCACCCCCCCCUCCCACUGCCUUCCACCACCUUAACACCUCUCUCUCUCUCUCUCUCUCUCUCUCUCUCUCAUGUGUUAGUGUUAGUUGUCGGAGGGGAAGAACAGAGCAUGGAGAGAGAAGAAGGUGGAGUUGUGGCGACGAGAGCCGAGAUCGACACGAGAGCACCAUUCCGGACGGUGAAGGAAGCCGUCAUGCUCUUCGGCGAGAGGGUGUUGGCAAGAGAAGUCUACGCCCACAAGCUUAAUGAGAUGAGAUUUGCUGUGAGCACGAAUGAACAUGACCUCUCACAGAUUGGGUCCAUGAAGGCGGAGCUAGAAGUAACAAGGCAAAGCCUUGCGAAGGCACGUGAAGAAAGCUUAGAAAUGGCAAACUGCCUCAGAUCUCUCAAGGCAGAGCUUGAGAAGACAAAGAAUGAGCUCAAACAAUUGAAAGCAAGUGAAUCGGAGAAACGAGUUGUAGAAUUGGAGAUUGAAGACCUCAAGUUUGUAGAGAAUGCAGCCAAAAUUCAGGUUGAGAAACCAGUGAUAGAAGAGGGAAUGGAGUUGCAAAAGAAGAGGAGUGUUAAGUUCGCCGAUCCGCCAACCUUGGCUCGAGUCCUAAAUGAAAAGGUAUUGGAAAGACAAUUUUCUGUGGACAGCGCAGUGGAACCGAUGAAGAAAAAGAAGAAGAAGACAUUCAUUCCUUUGAUAGGGGUGAUUUUCUCCAAGAAGAGAGGUUAUCAAGAAGGUGCAUCACCUAAAGCUCAUAGAUCAUAAUAGUUGUACAAGGGAUUUCAAGCUCCAUGCUAGUGUUCAAACAAUCAAGGCAUUUGUUUGGUUUGUUCCUUUCAAUAUUGUUGUCAUAUUUGGCUGCCUUAUAAAGUGAUCAGAGGUGGCACUGCUAUUAAUCAGUGACUUUAGUAUCAUCAUGUCAUACAUAAAGAAGAUCCUAAUUUUUCUUUCCA